CGGAAGCGCGGUGCAGCCUCUGCUGUAACUUGACGCUCGUACCUGUCAGCGAGUCUCCGGCUCCGCGUCAGUGCUGCUGUGACACGCCGGCUCUCAGGACGCUGCUCUCACUCAGUCACUGCUGCUUCUUGAAAUGUUGGUUGUUUUCUUGUGUGUGUGUGCGCGUGUGGAAAAAUCCCGUUUAUGUAACGCUGUUUUAAAUCCUAAUCUCGCGCUGUUAACGGUGGGCAAAGAGCGGCUCAGUGUGGAUGGAUUCGUCCCCGCAUUGCAACGGAAUUAGAGUUGGAUGAAGUGACACGGAUUGAAGCAGCAGCAGCAGCACCAGGAGGGACAGGGGAAAGCCCUGCUGCGGCUUGUUAUAGCUCUCAUGGCCGGCAUGACCUACAUACCACGGAGCUUAUGUCCACGACACCACUGUGCUGUUUCACCCUUGUAACGCAGCGGUAGUUGACCUUCACGUCUCUGUGCUGCUGCAGAAGAGACACGUGAAUGUGUGUACAUGAGUCUGAAGAUCCUGGAAUCACUCAUUCAUUCAGACCUAUGCAAAUUAAAGGAGCCGCAUCUGACCUUCUGUGAAGGUCUUGGGGUCAAAGAGGAAAUCAAAAGGGAAAUAAUUGCAGCAGGUGGCCUGAGGCUUCUGGAUACUUUCCCAAUAUUAACUGCAACUCUGCUCUGAAGCCUUCAUGUGGAUGUGGUCAGAUCAAAGGUCUAGAUCACAUCAGGGCGGAAAGAUCUUUGAGAUAAGCUUUGAUCCAAUCAUGCAGAACAUGUGAUUUGUUAGCAGCUGUAAAGUCAACGGUCAAGCAAUAAAAGAAAUGAGCAUCGUUGCAGGAGAAAUCUGAUCCUGAGAGACUUUUUUUCUGCUUGCCAUCAUGAUCCUGAACUGUCGUCAGCCGCUUCCUCUUCUGAGGCACACAGAUGUUCCACCUCGGGUCAUAGAGAACUUCAUUCUGACCGGCUACCGCUUCCCAAACUACAGCCUGAGGGACUGCUUACUGUCAGCGUUCAGGCCCACCAACGAAACGGGUAACUUCUGGACCCACUUCCUGCCAGUUUUUAUUUUUUCCUUCUAUUUUGUGGAGGUGUUUGGUUGGGAUGGCGCACCGCAGGGCGACUCCCCGUUCUUCUAUCCAUUGUGGAACUACUAUAUCGGGGUUUUCUGUCUACUAGUCGCGAGCAGCAUGGCUCACCUGCUCAACUCCAUGUCUCUGGUGGUAAGAGAAGUCUGCUUCUUUGUGGAUUACGGCACCAUCAGUGCUUAUACGGUCGGCUCGUCAUUGGCGUACUUCUACUACAUCCACCCUCGGGCAGGGAUCGUUGAGACAGGAGGACAUAAUGACUCCCGUGUGGACCUUAAGCAUGAACCCGCAGGGGCUACUACUUCCUCCUAUGCAAUCCCAGAGUUCAGUGUGUUCUUUGAGAACUGCUACAUCCCGUGCGCAUGUGUCGUUGCGAUCAUUUGUGUUUUAUCCUGCUGCAAUACUCGCCAGAGGUGGAGGAAGCACCGCUACGCCAUCCGUACCCUUGUUUUCCUCCUCCCUUUCCUCAUGUCCUCCACACCGAUCUUCUACCGCCUCCUCACCAGAUCACCUUACUCCGCCGCCUCCUCCUCCUUCGCUGCGUCCACCUCCAUGCCCGUCUACUUCUACCGCCACUGCUUCUGGCUGGUGGUGUCGGCCGUUUUCAACAUCAGCAAGUUCCCAGAGCGGCUGGCGCCGGGUCGCUUUGACAUCUGGGGACACAGUCACCAGUGGUUCCACUGCUGCACGUUCCUGUCCAUCCUUGACGAGCUACACAUGAUCAAGACGGAGGUGAGGGCCAUCCUGCUCAGCCAGACUCUGCUGCUGCCGCCCGCCACCCUCCCCUGCCUACCUGGACCUACCGUAGCUUCCACCUACGGGGUGAUGCUCGUCCUGCAGACCACCAUCAUCUCCAUCAUAACGUGGUUCUCCUGGUGUGCCAACUCCAUCUAUGGAGCCCAGAGGGACCAGCUCAAUAAGGAACGCCCCAAGAAACAUCUGAAAUGUCACUGAUCACGCACGGCAUUGUUUUUCUCACUCGAGACACGCACAAGUACAAUCAAUCGUUGUAUAAUCAAACUCAUUUCAGAAUCAUUUGUCAACCUUUUUGUGAGGAGAAUGACAGGAUUAUAUUGUAAGCUCACCAUAGAGGGUGGCUGUUUGCUGGAGUACAUAUUGAAAGCUCUUUUUCCCCUGAGCUGUUCCAGCAUGUUGCGACAGGAAGCAGGAGCACUGAGGAUAAUGACUACCUCUCGAGGACAGACGAAAAGUUGUUACCCACAAGAACAAGUGAUGCAAACGUCGGCGAGACAAUUUACAGAAGCCGUCUGCCGACAUGUCCUGUUGUUCUUCCCCUGAUCUUAAAUGUUUCCUAUUGACUUAAAGGGAUAGUUCAGGUUUGUGGAAGUGUGGUUGUAUGAGUGCAGUGACGCAUAGUCACCAGUGGCUGCGAUGAUUGGACGUGCACUUCAGUUUGUGACAUCUCCUGUGCUGCUUCAUCUUGCUGUUUGGCAACCUACUCCUGCUGAAACUGGACCUGUUUUAAACCCCUCACACCAAAGUCUAUAGAGGAAAUUGGCACACAAGUUGUUGUUCACCCCACACGUUGGUGUUGGUGCUCCACACUUAGAAAAAGAAAAGUAUCCCUUUAAUGCUUGCCACACCAUUGUUACCCAUACCCUGCCUUUGCCUCCGACAUCCACAAACACGCACUCAUUUCCUCCCUCUGUCCGAGUGACGCAUGCAGCAGGAAGUGCAGACGUCACAGUAAUGGCCUGGAGCUCAGUCUUAGUAAAGCACUUUUCUGGGGAGGGUGGGUUGGAUGGGGUUGGGGGGUAGAUAAAUUAGCCCUCGUUGUUAAAAAGCCAUGCUCGGUUUCUUCUUCAGCGUUACAUGAUGAUGUCCUACUGCUGCUGGAGUCCAUAUCUUAUUAUAUUCACAGCAAAUUCAGAUUAAAUGUGAUGGAAAUUGUCAGCAGACUUCUCUGUUGCCCACUGUAUAUUUUUAACAGCUCAAGUAAAAAAAAAAAGAAGAGAAGAUUCAAGCAGCAGUUUCGAAUGAAGGCCUUUGUUUGCACAUUGACGUGUCAUGUGAUGUACAGCUGCCUCCGAGUUAAAGCCAUACUUUAGACGAGUGAUCGUUGAAAUAAAUGGCAAUAUUGUAGUCGUACUGUCGCCAGGAACUUCCUGGAUAGAUUUGCACUCUGUAGAUAAAAUAGUUCACCCAGCAGUUUGUGCCUUUUGUGUAUUAGGUUAUUUUCUGCAAUGUCUUUAGAAAGGGCCUCCAAUUCUCCCACAACCAUCACAGAUUCUCUUAUUCUGACUUUAUUUUUUUUUUUAGAAUAGAAACAUGGUUUCCCAAGAUUAUUACUAAUUCUCUGUGGCCUUAGAAAAUCUAAACCAAAAUUAAAACUUAUUUUUCUUCUCAAAGGUGCAACAAGAGAAGGCACAGGAGGAAGUUUGCUGGGGCUUUGAGCUGAGAAAGAAGACGUAGUGGUAUAAAUUUAACAGGUUACCAACACUGGUCAUCCAGUGGUAAUAGAAUAGUAAUAGACAAGAGGCACAAACUGAGGCUUUAGUUCAUCGUGUGAAGUAGACGCUACCUUUGCCAGAGAUGAAUAAUAGUGUUUUUAAAUGCAUGAAGCAAGGUUUUACUGUGCUCCACGAUCAUAAUAUCCUGCUUGCACGGAUGUUAGCUACCACCUUCUGUUGAAAAACCCUCGUCCUUAUCCGUAUUUUUUUUCGGUUUUCUGGUUUUCUUUUCUGCUUUUGAGAAUUCUCCCGUCUGUCUUAAACUCUUAAGGCCUCAUUUCACUGUGUUGUGUCUGGGCCACGCUGGAUACACCAUCACAAAGCAAUACAUUUUUUUACAUUAAAACAGGAACGCUGUUGUUAGAAACGCUGACUCGGCGUUCUCAGCUAAAAUGUGAACUACUUGCUUUUUGGAACUGUGAACUGGGUUUAAAAUGUGAAACAUGAACUUUACACUAGUUCAUUUUCAUGUGUGCAAACUGACCUUUGAACUACUUUAAGUGUUGGCAAAACCGCGGCUGCCAGUGCUUGUGAAGUUCGGACACAGAACAUGCAUGUUAAUAGUCUGAUCUUAGUCAGACUAAGAGAAUAAUUCGGUUUUCUUAAUGUCAUGUAAACACGUUAGUCCGACUAAAAUCGAUCUAGUCUUAGUCGGACUAACAUACCUGGAUAAUGCUAUUCAUAGUCCGAUUACUCAUGUAUGUAUACGUCAGACGUGGUGUUUGCAUGCACCGAAAUGUCCUCCCGAGUCUUUGACGGGGAAGUAGAAGGAGACGAGGUCUUAGUUGGUCUACAACUGUAGCUCGAUUAAACUGCAUGCUAAUGUACCGAGUGAACGUCAAAACUUAUGGCCGCCGGCCACCAUACAAACACAGCCUUUACUGCUAAUAGCACUUUAGUCAUAUUAGUUUCACAUUUAAUCAGUCGUACGUAAGAGUACUGUUGAGGUUUUCGCCAUAGACGCUGUUGUGUGCGUUGUUAUAGACCGGUCUUGCUAACAGGGGCUAGCCUGAGAUGUGUCGGGCUAGUGUCCACUGCUCAACUGGAACACGGUGAACUUUGGGACGUUUGGUCGCGUUUCACGCUGCUUCCAUAUCCAGUGUGACCGGGGCGUUGAACUUUGGCCUGUGGUUUUUGGACUGAACUCUUUCUUGACUGUACUAAUCGUCUACGUCCAUGUUUGUGUGUUGGGAGGGAGAGUGGGGGAUUAGUGACUGUGUCAUGUUAGCCUGGAACGCUAAGAGUCAGUUUGCUCCCAUUUGAAAAGUAAACAAGGAUGUAGUCAAACCUAGGAUUAUUUGAAUAAGGGUAACUACUAUUUUUUUCCAUAUUUUCCAUGACUGUAUCAUUGUUUGUUAGAGGUUUUUUUUGUGUGUUUAACGUUAAAUCAACGUGAUCCGACAGCCUACAUGCUAACGUGAAAAUGAUUUGAACGACAUGUGUCUUAAAGACAGAAUUUUUAUUGUUUUCAGUUAAUGUGUGACCCUGAAAAUGGGCCAUGACUGCUGUGUUUUCGUGUUAUCUCUUACUGUGUCGUUGUUUAGUCUUCCUUUUUAAGAGCAGUGAUUCCCAAAGUAUGGGUUGGGACCCACCGAUGGGUCGCGGGUGACUUUUUUUAGGGUCCCCAAACAAAUUUGAAGUGAAUUUUCUUAACCUUUAUAUCUAAGACGUAUGUGCAGAUGUUUUAAUCAACAUACAAAACAUCUCUUGAAUGAUUUGUUUAACAAAAGUAUUAGCUAUAACAGAAAUGGCUGUAAUUAGUCAAAUGUGUUUUUGUCAUGAUUUAUAAUUGUAAAUUUGGGUCACAAUAGUUUGCAUCAUUAGAAAGUAUAGGUGCCCAUAUGCAAAUCUGUGAAGGUUCUCAAUCAUCCAGGUUAUAAUCGUCUUUGUCCUAUUUAACCACUGGGAAACACUGCUUUAGAUGAAGUUCCAGCUGAGUUUGUAAGCGUUUGUCACACGUGUCACUGUUUUAACUCGUGUUUGUCAGUGUCCCAGUUCAGAAAUGUCAUUACCACAGUAUUAGUUCUGCUCGUAUCUGCACAUUUGUGUUUUUGAAGCAUUAAUUUGCACAAAAGACAGAAAGGUUGGAGGUGAACGCCGAGUCGUGAUGUAAUUGAGUACGUGAGGACCAUAUUGAGUGGCUGCUAUAAUCACGCUGUUAUAUAGUGCACUUUAAACAGAGGUCAGAAUCUGUAGUACUGUAUUGUUUUCGGCACAUUUCAGGUGUAGGUAGUGCUUUCUACUGAGAGAUCCGGCCAGAUAACCAUGCGCUCGGUGUGAAAAGCGAUGUUUCUACCUCAGCAGAACAUUUGUGUCACUGAGAUGAGCCGUUGUUGAAACUGAUUUUAUCCUCUUUAGACUGUGGCUGCCAGACUUAAGCCUGUUUUAAAAGUCCAGUGUGUAAGAAUUUAGUGACAUCUAAUGGGGGGAACUCCUCCGUUGGAGAACUAUGUUCCUCUGUAAUUGUCUCCGGCUGCUGUAGAAACAUCUGCCCAAAGUACACAUAAACAUCCAUUCGAAGUCUUUGAAAACCAACUUUUUACACACUGGACCUCAAAACUCAGCAGUGUUCAUUAUGUGAAUGUCAGAUUACUGUGUCUUUUCUUGAGGGAAGUACUCGGGGGCGACUGAAACGCGACACUAAUCUAUUAUUUACACAUGCAUUUAAAUUAUGAAUGACUUGAGGUGGAGGUUAUCGUACUCUGUUAAUGCUGGAAAAGUUAAAAAAAAACAACCUCCAUUAUGUUAAUAAAUUACACUUAUAAUAGAGUUUUAUUCAAUAAAUAAAUUAUGUUGAACUGUA